AUGCUUGACUGUUUCCUUCAAGAGGGGGAAAUAUCGACGCUGAUGCCCUAUCUUCCCUUGAUGUUAUUUAAUGUGAUCUAUCAGGGUCGGUGCAGUUCAGCCUUAUUGCCCAUCUCGUUCAUCGGCCAUUUCUCUCUAGAGAUAGCUAACGCACCGGCUUACAUGCAUGGGCUUCACAUGAUACACAGAGAUCUGACGCCUAACAACGUGCUACUUAUGCUGGACACGCUCACUGUGAAAGUGGCGGAUAUGGAACUUUCUAGGUAUGGUGUUGGCAAAGGUAUGAGUUCCAUGGUUGUAACCAAACCCAAUAGAGCCCCAGAAUUGGUUUGUAAAAAGUGUUUCAUCGAUUACACCUGUGCCAUAGACAUGUGGAGCCUGGGUGUGAUGAUAGUAGAUUCAAUGGAGUCGACGCUAAGCUUUUUCGAUCCAGACAUUGCUACGGAUGAACUAAUCAAACGGGUUCUAGAUCCAGAUGAAGUUGAUGAUCAUGACUGCAACCGUAAUCUUAUAACUGUAAUGCCCAAUGUGAUGUGGUGUAAACACGUCAGCCGAAUUGUGUUCAAACUGCUGAAGCUGCAGCCCGAGGAUAGACUCACUGCCAGCAUGUUAUUGAAUGACAACCAGUGGAUACGGAUUUCCCAUGUGACUCCAGAUACCAUGGAUCGUGUGAAACAUUAG